AUGGCUGCCACUGCUCCCACUCAGAGUGUCGAUGUCUUGAUUGUCGGCGCAGGACCGACCGGAUUGGGUGCUGCCAAGCGUCUCCACCAGCUGAAGCACACCAACUUCACGGUCGUCGACGCUCAGGCAGAGGCUGGCGGUCUCGCCUCGACGGACGUCACGCCCGAAGGCUUCCUCUUCGACGUCGGAGGACAUGUCAUCUUCUCGCACUACCUCUACUUUGACGACUGCAUCAACGAGGCGCUCCCCAAGCCCGAUGACUGGUACGAGCACGAGCGCGUCUCGUACGUUCGCUCGAAGGGUGUCUGGGUUCCCUACCCCUACCAGAACAACAUCACGAUGCUUCCGGUCGAGGAGCAGGUCAGGUGCAUUGAGGGCAUGAUUGACGCCGCCGAGGAGCGCGUUCGUGCGGCUACCAAGCCCAGGAACUUUGAUGAGUGGAUCGUUCGCAUGAUGGGUGUCGGACUUGCCGACCUCUUCAUGCGCCCUUACAACUUCAAGGUCUGGGCGACGCCGACGAGCGAGAUGCAAUGCGAGUGGCUCGGUGAGCGUGUCGCGGCACCGAGUCUCAAGCUCGUCGUCUCGAACGUGCUCAACAAGAAGGUUGCCGGCAACUGGGGCCCGAAUGCGACGUUCCGCUUCCCUGCGCGCGACGGAACCGGCGGUAUCUGGAAGGCGGUUGCCAAGACGCUCCCUCAGGAGCGCUUCCAGUUCGGCAAGUCGGUGCAGAAGAUCGAGGCGUCGAAGAAGAUUGCGCACCUCUCGGACGGCACGACCAUCUCGUACCGCUCGAUGAUCUCGACGAUGCCGCUCGACCAGAUCACCGAGAUGUCGGACGAGCUCGAGAACCUCCGCUCGACCUCGCGCGAGCUCGUCUACUCGUCGACGCACGUCAUCGGCGUCGGAAUCCGCGGCGUCCUCCCCCCUCGCAUCGGCGACAAGUGCUGGCUCUACUUCCCCGAGGACGACUGCCCCUUCUACCGCGCGACCGUCUUCUCCAACUACUCGCCCUACAACUGCCCUCAGGCCGACGUCAAGCUCCGCACGAUCCAGACUGCCGACCCCAAGCUCUCGUCCGGCAUCGACACCAAGACCGAGCGCGCAGGACCGUACUGGUCCCUCAUGCUCGAGGUCUCGCAGUCGACCCAGAAGCCCGUCGACGAGGCCAACCUCCUCGCCGAGUCGAUUCAGGGACUCGUCAACACGGGCUUGCUCCAGCCCGAGGACGAGAUUGUCUCGACCUACCACCGCAAGUUCCACCACGGCUACCCCACCCCUUCGCUCAAGCGCAAUGGCCAGCUCGCCGUCCUCCUCCCCGAGCUCCGCGAGAAGUACAGCAUCUGGUCGCGCGGUCGGUUCGGUUCGUACAAAUACGAGGUCGCGAAUCAGGAUCAUUCCUUUAUGGUUGGCGUCGAGGCGGUCGACAAUGUAUUGUUCGGAGCGAAUGAGUUGACCCUGGAGCAACCCGACUACGUCAACGGUCGCAGGAACACCGAGAGGAGGUUGUAA